AUGCCAACUGAUGCAAGUACUAGUGAAGAGAACGAGCGAAAUCCUUGUGACAUCGGGACCGCUUCAAAUAUUGUUAAGGGGGCUAAGCAUAACGAGAAGAGGAAAGAGAAGAUGCAGCAAAGUGAAGUUGAUGGAGAUGAUUAUGAUGCUGACAAGCAUAACGAGAAGAAGAAAGGAAAGAUGAAGCAAGACGAGGUUGAAGGAGAUGAUUAUGAUGCUGACAAGAUCAAUUCUGAAAAAGAAAACAGAGAAAAAUUGGCAAAGAGUCAGGUGGUGGAAUUGGUUAACACGGGAGAUCUUUUCCUCAACAAAACAGUUUUGAAAGCGAGGUUUGAGUUAUGUGCAAUGAAGAAUAACUUUCACUACACAGUUACCAACUCCAAUAAAUCAGUUUGGUGUAUUAGAUGCUGUGAUAAGAUCUCUGAUUCUUUAGCAUGGGAUUCCCGUGAAUAUGCAGUCAACGCUGUUAGAGGUAUUCCAGAUGAAAGUUAUGGGAAAAUACCAAAAUACUUGCACAUGCUGCGAGAGGCCAAUCCGGCGUUUGGUCAAUCGAUCAAAGGCUUUAACACAGUCAUGAGGCGUGUCAUUGUUGUCGAUAGAAUAUUCUUGAAGAGUAAAUUCAAAGGGGUGCUACUGGUUGCAACUGCUAUAGAUGGAAAUUCAAAUUUAUAUCCUAUUGCAUUUGGGAUAGUAUACUCUGAGAAUGAACAGUCUUGGGAAUGGUUUAUGAGACAAUUAAAAGUUGUUGUUGCUGAUGAUAAUGGUUUGGCUUUUAUUUCGGAUAGACAAGUGUCAAUAGCGAAGGCACUGGAGAAAGUGUAUCCGCUAGCGAGACAUGAUAUUUGUAUUCAUCAUUUGUUGAAUAAUGUGAUAUCGUAUUUCAAGGGGAAGGGAUUAGCUGGGUUGAUUUCUAAGGCUUCAAAGGCUUAUCGAGUGGUUGAUUUCAAGAAGACGUUUGCUCAUGUUUGCAAUAUCAGUCCAGCAAUUGGAAAUUAUCUUAUGGAAGCAGAUGUCAAAAAGUGGGCUAGAUGUCAAUUUCAUGGAUACAGGUAUGACAUUAGGACAAACAAUCCUGCAGAGUCGAUAAAUUCUGCGUUGCGUUCGCCGAGAGAGUUUCCCCGUAAGCAAUCGAUUUCAAAGCACACCCACCGUUUGACCAUAAAUGUGGAGGAAAAGAUUGAUAGGAGAAUUGGAAAGGGGGAAACUUUCAGAGUUUACCCUGUAACCGAUAGCCAGCUGCUUGUUAAAGGCGAUACAAUUGACUGCUUUGUUGAUUUGGACAAACGGACUUGUUCUUGUGGGAAGUACGACCUCUUGAAAAUCCCUUGUAGACACGCAAUAAAAGCUGGUUUCUUUGUUGGUAGAGAACCAUAUACAUUGACUGAUUUUUCGUAUACCACGGGAGCUUGGAGAGAAGCUUAUCAAGAAAGCAUAAAUCCCAUUUCAGUUCCUGAAGAUGGUUGGUCUGUUCCACAAGUAGUGGAAAAUUCUGAAGUGCUACCACCUGAGACAAGAAAAUCUCUUGGAAGAAAUAGAAAACGCAGAUAUGAAACUGUUGAAGACAAAAUCUGA